AUACCGCAUCUAUAAAUGAACGGGGCAUCGGUGGGAGUGAUUAUUUUCUCAGGUGUUUGCGACAGUGUUGUAAUUAUUAACGUUGCUAUGCCUGAGCCUACCAAGUCUGCUCCUGCCCCAAAGAAGGGCUCCAAGAAGGCGGUGACUAAGGCGCAGAAGAAGGACGGGAAGAAGCGCAAGCGCAGCCGCAAGGAGAGCUAUUCCGUGUAUGUGUACAAGGUGCUGAAGCAGGUCCACCCCGACACCGGCAUCUCUUCCAAGGCUAUGGGGAUCAUGAAUUCCUUCGUCAACGACAUCUUCGAGCGUAUCGCCGGCGAGGCUUCCCGCCUGGCGCACUACAACAAGCGCUCGACCAUCACUUCCAGGGAGAUCCAGACGGCCGUGCGCCUGCUGCUUCCGGGGGAGCUGGCCAAGCACGCCGUGUCGGAGGGCACCAAGGCCGUCACCAAGUACACCAGUUCCAAGUAACUUUGCCAAGGGAGAGACAUGAAGGCAGAGGAGAAAUGAACGCAUAAAAUAACUGGCAAUAUGAAUCUAUCCAUAGAACUUAGGAAGUCUCGUCUGCCUGAAAAUGACUGUGUGGAUCCCACCCAAAUCCAACUCAUACUGGUUUGCUACACACUGGUUCAUCAAAUGAAGGUUACCGAGGGGAAGAAACUAAACAAGAUGUUUGCACUUCAUGUUACUUUUUGAGUUUAUAAACAUAAAAAUAGAAUUUACUUCCGUUACAGACAUAGGUAAUUCAUUACUUGCCAUGGACUACCUUUGCUAAGAAAAAUCUGAAUGAGAAGAUGGCAAGAAGUCUGAAAAGAAAAGUUAUUAUUAAUAAAAUCUGCGGAGAAUUGUAAA